AUGACGAAGCUCUGCUCUCACGCGUUCGCGUCGUCGCUAGCCCGCCAGGUCGCCCGUUUCUUCGCAGCGUCAGCAAACUCAGCAGAAGCGGCGACGGCGGGUGCGGCAUCGCCGGUUCCUAAGCAGCAGACGCUACGCGCCGCGGCGGCGACUUCUCACUGGAACGAGCUCUGGGAGAGCCCGUCGGCAUGCAGCGGCGGCAGCGUGCGUUCGUUUCAUGGCCGGGUGAACGCGCCGCCGCCGCCGCCGCUGGCGCCGGCGUCACAGCAGCAGCGGCAGCAGCCUUCGAUCACUCGCAUCAGCGCGACGAGCAGCCUCACCACCACUCGGGGCGUCGCCUCGGAUGCUGCGGCGCAGAAAACGGCGAGCGGGGUAGCAGCGGCGCGGGCGCCGCCGCCGACGAAGGAGUGGCACCUGGUGCCGCUGGGGUACCGGCCCGCGCACGCCGUGCCGCUGCAGGAGCGCAUCGAGGAGAUGUGGGAGUCGCGCGUCGGGCGUGGGGAGGAGCGACACGUGGGCCGGGAGGGAGUGGAGAGGAAGAAGAGCGGCGAGGGAGCGGAGGAGAAGGGAAAGGAGGAGGAGCGGCGCGAGCUGGAGGCGUUGAAUUGGGCGUUUAGUCAGCUGCCCGUGUCCGUGUUCCCGUGCCCGCAUAAAGCUUCUCAGCUUCCUCCUGAGCUGUACCUCGCCUUCCUCUCUUUUCCCUGCCAAUCCCUCCACUUCCCCUCCCUUUCCGUCCCUCCCCUCCCGUCCCCUCCCGCUCUCCUCCCCCCAGUGCUCGAGAUCCCUUCCGAUGCCCGUCUGUCAGACGCUCUGCGCAUGCUGCAGCAUGCGGGCCUCACAGCAGCGCCAGUCAGGGACGUGGGCGUGGGGGACGAUGCGCCCUUGCAGCAGCGGUACCUGGGCAUGGUGGACGGCGCCGGCAUCGUGCUGUGGGUCAUGGGGCAGGUGAGACGUGACGUAGGUGAUGCGUGGGUUGGGUCGAUCCGCUCAUCCAUAGAGGUGCCGAUGGCAGCAGCAGCAGGCGGGGGACUGACGGGUCUGGUGGGACUGGCGGGACUGGCGGUGGCAAGGCUGGGCAGAGCAACACCACUGCUCGACCGUUCAUCCAUUGAGGUUAAGAUGGCAGCAGGCAAGGGGGGGGCUGGCAGGGCUGGCCUCGAGCGUUCAUCCAUUGAGGUGAAGAUGGCAGCGGCAGCAGGGGGGGGGCUGGCAGGGCUGGCGUUUGGAGGGCUCGGGGCAGCCGCAUUGGGCGCGCCAGAUGUUGCCACGCUGGCAGCCAUGUGGGCAGGAUCGAUGGCGGGAGGGCUGCUGGGCGCCACGUCAGCAGAGGCGCCAGGGGAGGGGGAGGCGGGAGGAGGGGUGGAGCGAUUGAGGGUGUCGGCAGGGGGGUUGGAUCGGCUGUUGCAGGGGAACAUGUUUCAGACUGCUAAGGUAAGCGUAAAAGGGGGAGGGUGGGGGCAAGGAAGUGAAGGGGAAGUGGGGAAUGGAGGGGCAUGGGGGAGGGGUGGAGCGAGUGUCGGACCUUGUUGGUUCAUUCCGCUGGCGCUCCUUCCUGCCCCUCUCAGCCUGUGUCGGACCUUGUGGGUUCGUUCCGCUGACGCUCCUUCUGACUCGACCACCCAUUCCCCCCUGUUUUUUUUUUCCUACGGCUUUCCCUCUCUCGACGCCUUCCCACAGCUGUCGGACCUGGUGGGCUCUUUCCGUUGGCGCUCCUUCCUGCCCCUCGCCUCCUCCGACUCGGUCCUCUCCCUCAUGCUGCUCCUUGCCAUGCCCCACCGCCCCCAAGUGCUCCCCAUCGUCACCUACCCUCCCACCUCCUCCGCUCCCUUCUCCUCCUCCCCUUCCUCAGCCUCUCCCACCUCGUCUCCCGAGCCUGCAGCUGCAGCUUCGUCAGCAGGCUCGGGGUCCGCCCUGGUGCCGAGCCUGUCUGCGCUGGUGUCGCAGGCAGAUGUGGUGAAUUUCCUGGCGGAGUGUGACGGGCAGCCGUGGUUCGAAUGGGUGGCGGGGAGGAGUUUGAAAGACAUGGGGCUGCCAAGAAUGGGCGCAGAAUCGACUGUCAAGGUGGAGGAGUCGGACCCGGUAAUGGAGCCGUUCCGUCUGAUGCUGCAGCAUGACAUUGGUGGAGUGCCCGUGGUAGCGCCGGGGACCAAUCGCAUCACGGCAAAUGUCAGCGCGAGGGACGUUCUGCAGCUGCUUACGUCUCCGCAUCUUGCAGAGCAACACCAUAUCAAGCCGCUUACGGUGGCAGAACUGGUGCACGAUGCGCAGAGGCCGCAUCACGGUGCUGCUGACGUCAUCUGGCCAAUCAUGGUGCCGCCCGUGACGUGCCGCUUGUCCACGCCACUGCGCGAGGUGAUCCACGCGUUCCGGGUGGCACGCGUGCACCGCAUCUACGUCACCCGGGAGCCGGAAGAGGGGGUGGAAGGAGGAGAGCUGGUGGGAGUGGUGACGCUGCGGGAUGCAAUUGGACGGUUUCUGGUGAGGCAGGAGGAGGGAGAGACACGGGGAGAGAAGGUAGAGGAGCCGGUUCCAGCCAGCACUGAGGUUGGUUCCGAUGGUCUCAGCCUGUAG